AUGGGUCCAGAAGAAGAUCAAGGCAAAUUACUUUUAGGUGGUGUCGAUAGAGCAAAAUGUGAGGGUGAAUUGGCUCUUUUUGAUGUUGAGCAAAACAUUCAUGCAACAUCAAUAAUUACUGCCAGUGGUAAAGUUUUCCCGUUUACAAAAAAAGUUGGAUUUGAUACUGGUAAUGCUUGGUUUUCAUUAGAGAGCCUGAUUGUUGAUGGAAUACACAAAGAUUUGGGUAUGGAUUCCCAAAACUGGUUUGAUUGUGAUCGUGUUUCGAAUACAGCUGAUAGCUUUAAAUUUAAUCUUGGACCAAUCAAUAUCUCAGUUCCAUACACAAACUUUUUCUACGAAGCUGGAUUCAAUAACAAAUGCGGAACUUAUAUUGGGUCUAAUAAUAAUAAAGGUGCUCAGGGAAUUGGACUCCCAUUCCUCAGAGAAGUUUAUUUUGUCAAGGAUUUGGAAACCAAGCAUAUUGGUAUUGCUCCAGUUAAGCACACUAAUGAAACUGACAUUGUUGAUUUUUGGUUUUAG